AUGCCAGAAUGGGCAUUCGGUUCCAUGUGCUUCAUCGUCAUGGAAUUCUGCGCCGGUGGCAGCCUCGCCAACUGGAUUGAAAAGAUGAAGGACGCCCAGCGACGAACAACGCUCGACGAAGCAAGAGUCAUCGCGGCGCAGCUUAUUUCCGCGCUGAGCUACUGCCACGAGAAGAACAAGGUCCAUCUCGACCUCAAACCUGCAAAUAUAUUUGUCCUUGGCGACUUCAUUACGGUGAAGAUCGGGGACUUCGGAAGCGCCCAGUCUGUUCGAUCGAUUCAGCAGACAAUGACGACUUCGACUGGAGAAGGAAUCAAGUCCACACCUAUAUACGCUGCUCCAGAAAUCAAUAGCCCAGACGAAAAUGCGAAGAAACACCCAAGACUGGAUGUUUGGGGAUUCGCACUGAUCUUGCAGGAACUAUUGACUCUUGAACAUCCAUUUGCUCAAUAUGAAGGCCGACCUGCUCUCUUUCUUGAGAUUUUGAAUAAUAUUCAAAGUGGCAAGCGAACAUCUCUCUUUGAAAUUCUCGGCGAAACGGACGAAAUUGAAGAGUUUGAAACUCUCAUCGAAAAAUGCACAAAGGUCGAUAGCACCCAGCGGCCGAGAAACGCGAUCGAGCUGCGAAAUGAAGCUGUCUUCGUUGAUUUCCUGCAGCGGAUCGAAAAUGGCGAGCGACCGAGCAGCAUCGUUCCUCCUCCUUUUCCAAACGAAAUCGACGAAGUUAAGCGACUCAAGGAAGAGAUUCAGCAAAAAGACAGGACUAUUCAAGAAUUGCAAAGCCGACUCGACACUUUCAACGACAUCAUGGAAUACCGACUUCGAGAAGAAUCAAAGCAAAAGGAUGAGAAAAUCGCAGAGCAAACUCGGGAAAAUGAAGAAUUGAAACAAGAAAACGGAUAUUUGAAGGAGGAACUGGCCAAAAUGAAGAAAAUGAAAUCAAAAUAUGAGAAGAAUUUCGAAUACUCGAGGAAAAUUAUCGAUGAAUUGAAAAAACAAAACGAGUCUGAGAAAAAGGAGCGAGAAAAUGAGGUGCAAAAAGCGAAACGGGAAAUUGAACAGCUCGAGUCAAUUUUGAAAGAAGAAAAAGAACGAAAUCGGCGAGAAAAUGAAAAUCAGAAGAAGGAAAUUGAAAAGCUGGAGCUUAAAUUGGGAGAAGAGCGAAGAAAGAAUGAGGCGAACGCGGAAAAGGAGGAAAAAAGGAAUGAAGCGGGAAAUGAAGAAUUGGAGAAGCUGAGGGAGGAAUUGGGCGCGAUCGGUGGAGCUGGCGAAUUCUUUGGAAAUGAUAAAAUGAUUAAUAAAGAAGGCGGCGUAAGAUUCAAAGCUGUCGCGCAAGAAAUUGGUGAUUGGACUGGAAAAGAGAGGAAUCGACAAGAAAUCGAAAGCGAGGCGGAUGGACAGCGGCAAAAGAUCAAAUACAAAAUGGAAACUUCUGAUUGUGGUUUUGUAAGAUUUAAUGUUUAUUUUCUGUAA